AUGGCGCUGACCGACUCAGCCAUCAUUGUCAUUGUUCUGGCAGCCUGUCUGGCAGUAACCGCCAUGGGUGCCGCGCUCUUCCGUCACUAUAGUCCUCUGGAGGACGAGGCACGAUACGGUGUGUCCCACGAACAAGCACAAUACAUGCGCACAGUACGAAUGCGCAAUUUCAACUUUUUGCGACAGGAGUCAAUGGGUGGAAUGAGAGAUCUGGAAUCGCGAUAUACAAUGGACGAGGCUUCCAGCUAUCGCUCAUCCCAGCCGUACACUAUGUACCCGCCAAAACAGUAA